AUGGGCUCGCGGGCGCAACAUCUGCAGCUUGAUGAUGGAGAGCACAGGCCCCGGGCGCUCGAAGUGGGCGCAGUUUUUUGGCGCUGCAAGCAGCUGCUACAGAGCCUUGUGGCACCCUUGUCCCUGCAAGGUCCAACGAGCAGUGCGCCUACGGAGGAAGCGAUCCGCCAGGUUUUUCAAGGACUAGCCAGGGAGGCGGUCGAGAGACGCCAACAACGCUUGAGCAUGGGGAUCCAGGUCAGUGGCCCCCGCGCCAACCGUGAAGCCCUCUACCUAGCGCCCCAGCGGGUCUCCUGGGAACAGUCCAUCCGCAGCUUUUUGGACCGCUCUACGGCCUAUGAGGGAUGCGACAGGGAGCAGCUUCAGCGCUUGGUCGCCUUGCAACAUUUCUUGGAGGUUGAUGUGGCGGACCUGCAUCUGCCAGCGGAGCAGCGUUGCAGCGAGGAUCAGUACUUUGAGCGUGCUCCUUUGGAAGAUGUCUGCAUGCAGUUCUUGAUGGAUGUAACGAGAGGUGUGUACAUCCUCGAGGGCUCGCGCUACGAAUUCGAAGAGGUCCUGGCGAAGUCAGGGCUGAACAUCGAGGAAGAGAGUUUGUUGGUGGAGCAGCUGAAGGAGGACUUCUCACACAAGGUCGCUGCAGAUCUUCGCCGGCGGCUGGUUGAGAGUAGCGCGGGGAAGUUGGCCGAGAACCAGGCGGGCUACAACGUCCUGGUGCGUGGUGCCACCUCGUUGCUGAGCCAGUCGGGCUUGGCCAAUGUGGAGCGCGCCUGCGACGCGCAGCUGGUGGUCAGUGGUGGAGACCAAGAACUCAUCUUCGAACUGAAGCGUGCGGAAGAUGAGGCCGAAAGUUGGGAUUUCAUCUUGACCUGCGAGAAGACGAAUUUCAACGGCUUCAUGUCCACAGAGGGCGGUGAAACUCGCUUCUUCCACUGUUCGUCCAACUCAAGGAUCUUCAGGUCUGCUGUAGUGCGCAUGACUGUGGAGGAGAAGUAUCCCCCUCUGUCGAUUGAGGUCCUGGAGCUUCGCUCCGAGACGGAACUGCUCGAUGAAAUGGAUCAACCCAUCUCCUGGCACCGGGUGGAGGACAGACGGCUGGUCACGGUGGUGAAGGAGAUUCUUGGCUCGAUGGAUGUGGUAAGGACUUUAGCCUCACUGCCGGUGCGUUUGCUGCAGCGCUGCUGGACCAAAGCCCAGCAGACGUUCCAGUCAGCUCCGCGCGAAGGGGAGUUGCCACUCUAUGAUCGCGGCGGGAUUGAGCUGCAUUCGCAUACUUGA